AUGCCAGCCGUUAGUCAUCAGGUGUGCGGCCAAGAAGACGGUCAGAACUUUCGUCGUCCGUUGUCCUCGUCUUCCUCCUCGUCACCACCCUCAUCCUCGUAUCAGUGCAGCGGCGGCCAUGUGCGUGGCUUUCAGAAUUUCAUUCGCUCCGCAUCGCAGCAGCAGCCGCUGUCGGCUGCUGGCCCAUGUCCCGAUGCCAGUAUGAGCCUUGACUCCAGCCAUUUGGUGGAGGUGGCUUCAUCACCUACAGUUCCGGUACCCGGUUCGGUGACUACAGCUGCUGACUUCCCUGCGGUCAGAUGGAUCACGCACGGCAGCAACAACGCCUCGCCGCAACCACCGGGCAACGACGUGCCGCUAGCCCGUGUGGAUACCGACCACGUGUCAUUCAUCAUCUUUAAAAGCGAGGUGGUGGUCGGUCGCCAUAGCCACCACCAAGUGACAGACAUCAGCUUCGAUGACAACAGUUACGUUAGCCGGGCCCAUUUCGUGCUGCACUUCUAUGGCGAC